AUGGAUCUUGACCUCGUCAUCAAAAAUGCUACAAUCGUCACAGCAACCGAAAUCCUCCAACCAGGCCUCAGCAUCGGGAUCAAAUCCGGCCAAAUAGUCGCCAUUGCAUUUUCCCUUCCAGCGAAUGCACACACACAAAUCAUCGACGCAGAAGGCGCGUAUGUGACUCCUGGCGGCGUUGACUCCCACGUGCAUCUCCACCAAGACAACGCCCCUACAGGCGACAAAUGGCUCUCUGGAUCCCGCUCGGCGCUUUGUGGGGGAAACACCACGAUUCUCGCAUUCGCUACUCAACAGCGGACGGACGAGAGUCUGUUUCCCGUGCUGGAGGAGUAUCAUUCCCGUGCAAGAGGGCAGAGUUAUGUGGACUAUGGCUUCCAUUUGAUUCUCACGAGGCCAAGCCCGGAAAUCUUGGGCGAGCUGAAAAGAAUGGUCGAGGAGGAAGGCAUCACGAGCGUCAAGCUGUACAUGACGUACCCGGCCUUCAGGUUGGGGGACAAAGAGAUGCUAGAGGUGAUGAUGAGAUGCAGAGAAGUGGGCAUGACGGUGAUGGUGCAUGCCGAGAAUGCGGAUAUGAUUGACAUGAUAACGACUCGUCUCCUGCAAAACUCUCAUACUCUACCCAAAUACCAUGCCCUCGCGCGCCCUCAGAUCGCCGAGUCGGAAGCCACCCAUCGUGCCAUCUCACUCUCCACUCUUACAUCCACGCCAAUCCUCAUCGUCCACAUGUCUAGCCCCGUCGCCCUGUCUCAUGCAAGGAAAGCACAAUCAAAGCAAAUGCUACCGAUCCACGCAGAGACAUGUCCGCAUUAUAUGUACUUGCUAUCGGAUAGACUGGCCGUGACUAGAUUCCCGGUCGUCGAUGAGGCCAAUGGUGUCCACGGUCAUGAACAUGGGGAUACCGAGGAUGACGAAUGGGCAGGGGCACGACACGUCUGCGCACCUCCCCUCCGCCACGCCGAAGCCGACCUGCAGAGUGUCUGGGACAGCGUGAACAACGGGACCAUCACGGUGAUAUCCUCCGACCACGCCCCCAGCCAAUACCACAGUCCCCAAGGGAAACGCAAGCCCCUUGUCGAAGCCCAGAAGACGAACUCGACACCCACGUUCGCCCAGAUCCCCAACGGCCUGCCCGGCAUCGAAACACGACUGCCCAUCCUCUUCUCCGCCGCGACCGACCCUGACCCGUCAAUCUCACCCGCACGGAGACUGACUCUGCCAAAGUUCGUGGAACUCACCUCGACGAACCCGGCCAAAAUGUACGGCCUCUCCGGGAGAAAGGGCAGUAUCGCCCCGGGCUACGACGCCGAUUUGGUCAUCUGGUACCCUCCGCACCAUCCUGUGACCACCGCCGCCGCCGCGGCGUCAAGUGAAAAGAUUGAAAUCACCAAUGAAAUGCUGCACCACAGUAUCGACUACACCCCCUUUGAAGGCUUUCGAGUGUGCAAUUGGCCCAGGUACGUCUUGUUGCGGGGCGAAGUCAAGUGGGACCGCGACGUCGAAGUGAGUCGCGGACCCGGCGCAGGUAUCCUGGGAAAGCCUACCGACGGGACGUUCUUGAGGAGAGGCAAAGGGGAGGUGCUCGUCGGAAGGAGUGGGAUGGGUAGAGAGCCCGAGGGGAUGAGGUUGGGGGAGAGGAGUGCUUGGAUGUAG